GAGGCGUGCCUUCCCAUUGAUACCGGAGACAUUGGCGACUGCCUUCUUGGACGAUACAAUAUUUAUUCUUCAUCCUGUCCCUCUUCCUCUUCCUCUCUUCUACACAUCUCUACCGUCAGUAUAUAUUCUUCAUGCAUUAAUAGCUGACAGUCUUAUCGCACAGCUACUUUUAUAUCAGUAGCAGACAUGGCGUCAUCACUGAUUCCCGCAUCCGUGCAGAGCAGGUUGAUGGGAGCAUCAUCACGAAACUUUUCCAAUGCUACUCUCGCAUACCUCAACGUCGACCUGAUCAAGAACAUCGUUUUCCUCUUUUUCAUUCUCCGAUACACUCGCAAGACAUUCGAUUCCCUCCGCGGGUAUGGCAUUAUCGGAAGUAUUAAAAGAGUCUAUGCCGCCGUUCGGCUAUGGGUCUGCUACCUGUUCCUACGCGCCCCUGGUGUUCGCGGCCAGGUAGAUAAGCAGGUCACAACCGCCAUUACGAAACUUGAGGAGAAACUCGUCCGAAAGGGUCCCGGUAUUAAUAGCUAUCUCACUCUGCCAAAGGAAGGUUGGACAACUGAACAGAUACGUGCGGAGCUUACGCAAUUGUCUGGUAUGGAACAUGCGAAAUGGGAGGAAGGCCGUGUCAGCGGCGCCGUUUACCAUGGUGGCGAAGAUCUCUCGAAGCUGCAAACCGAAGCUAUUGGAACAUUUAGUGUUUCCAAUCCUCUUCACCCGGAUGUUUUUCCAGGAGUCCGGAAAAUGGAAGCCGAAAUUGUCGCCAUGGUCCUUUCCCUCUUCCACGGUCCAUCGGAUGGUGCUGGUGUAACUACCAGCGGUGGCACAGAAUCUAUCUUAAUGGCAUGCCUUGCAGCUAGGCAGAAAGGCUACGCCGAGCGCGGAAUUACUGAACCAGAAAUGGUUGUUCCCGAAACUGUGCAUGCGGCUUUCUUCAAGGCUGGUAACUACUUUGGCAUUAAGGUUCACCAGGUGCCGUGCCCAGCACCGGAUUAUAAAGUUCAUAUUCCUUCACUUCGACGACUGAUCAACCGCAACACUGUUCUUAUUGUCGGUUCUGCUCCUAACUUCCCACAUGGUAUCGUGGACAACAUUCCAGCCCUUUCACGACUUGCCGUUUCAUACAAGAUACCACUCCACGUCGAUUGCUGUCUUGGUUCGUUUGUCAUCGCCUUCCUUAAGAAGGCUGGUUUCCCAUCACCUUAUGAAGAUGAAGGUGGAUUCGAUUUCCGUCAGCCAGGUGUGACCAGUAUUAGUGUCGAUACUCAUAAAUACGGAUUUGCUCCCAAGGGUAAUUCUGUUUUGCUGUACCGCAACCGGUCUUACCGAAACUAUCAAUACUUUAUCUUCCCCGAAUGGACAGGAGGUGUCUAUGCCUCGCCAUCAAUUGCAGGCUCCCGUCCUGGUGCCUUGAUCGCAGGUUGUUGGGUCAGUUUGAUGACCAUCGGCGAGUCAGGAUAUACUGCUAGCUGCCAUCAAAUCAUGGGUGCAGCCAAACAGUUCGAAACAGCCAUUCGCGAAGAUCCAAUCUUGUCAGCAAAUCUUGAAGUCAUCGGUAAACCCGAAGUCAGCGUGGUAGCUUUCGCAAGCAAGAAUGUUGGAAUCGACACAUAUGAUAUUGCAGAUGCAAUGUCAGCUAAAGGAUGGCAUCUCAACGCACUACAAGAUCCUCCAGCAAUCCACAUGGCUUUCACAAGACCGACAGCAUUGGCUGUGGAGAAAUUGCAGACCGAGUUGACCGAAGUAGUGAGUGCAGAACUGGCCAAAGCCGAGGAGAGACAAAGACAAGGAAAGUCAUACGCCAAACAACGAGGUGACACUGCUGCCUUGUACGGUGUGGCAGGUAGCCUGCCCGAUAAGAGUAUUGUGAGCCGGUUGGCUGAGGGAUUCCUUGAUGCUUUGUACAAGCCGUAAGUCGUGCUUACUAAAUUUCCGCCAGAUGAAAGGCUUCCGGUUGAUUUGUUCCUGUGUUGUACAUUGGUCGGCGUACGGUUUCAGUGGGUUAUUCUUGUAGAUAUUCUUAUGGUCAAUCAAAGAGUAUAAUACAUUCAU